AUGUCAACUGAGAUUGAGGGUCACGAACGCAAUCGCUCUUUCAUGAUUGAAGAUUUGCCCAUAGGGAAGAAGGCAAUUGGAUGUAAGUGGGUUGAUACGCUUAAAUAUCGGUCGGAUGGAACUCUAGAACGACACAAAGCCAGAUUAGUCGCACUUGGCAACAAACAAGUUGAAGGUAUCGACUACAACAAAAUGUUUGCAUCAGUCGAAAAAAUGGGUACCGUACGAUUGCUCUUGGAUACGACUGUCAAACGUAAGUGGGACAUUCAUCAAAUGGAUGUUCAUCAUGCGUUUCUUCACGGAGAUCUCGAUGAAGAAAUCUAUAUGCGGUUGCCACCGGGGUUCAAAGCCUCAAGUCCGACAAAGGUAUGUCGUCUACGAAAGUCCAUUCACGGUUUGAAACAGAGUCCCCGAUGUUGGUUUGCCAAGUUGACCACUGCUUUGAAAGAAUAUGGCUUAGAACAGAGUUUGUCUGAUUACUCGCUGUUUACACUGGAUACCAAGGGCAAUCAGAUUCAUGUUUUAAUUUAUGUGGAUGAUCUGAUUAUUACUGGUAGUACUGGGCAAAUUAUGAAAACAUUCAAGGCCUAUCUAUCCUCUUGCUUCCACAUGAAGGAUUUGGGACCCUUGAAGUACUUCAUGGGUAUUGAAGUGGCCAGAAGUUCCUCUGGCAAGUAUCUUAGUCAGCGUAAGUAUGCCCUUGAUAUCAUCUCCAACAUCGGCUUACUUGGUGCGAGGCCCGCUGCGUUUCCACUUGAAUCGACUCAUCAGCUUGCUGUCUCGACCUCACCUCUUCUCCAACAACCGGCCCAGUAUCGCCGUCUCAUUGGUCGCCUCAUCUACUUGGCUGUUACUAGACCUGAUUUGGCCUAUUGUGUCCACUUCCUCGCACAGUUUAUGCAACACCCACGCGAAGAUCAUUGGGAAGCUGCACUCUGUGUGGUUCGUUACUUGAAGAAUAACCCAGGUCAGGGCAUCUUCCUACGAUCGGACACACCAUCUCAGCUCACCGGAUGGUGUGACAGCGACUACUCCAGCUGCCCUCUAACGCGUCGUUCGGUUACUGGGUAUUUCAUACAAUUGGGUGGGUCUCCUAUAUCCUGGAAAACGAAGAAGCAGAAGACUGUAAGUCGCUCAUCUGCAGAGGCAGAGUACCGAGCGAUGGCACACUUGACUCAAGAACUGAUUUGGCUAAAGCGGAUUUUCAGUUUCUAG